UCGGAUCAGCUGAUCCAAGUUUGCAAACAAACGUCCACUUUUCAUUAAAUGUCACAUAAGAAAGAAGUAAUUUAUUAAAUUUAUUUAAUUAAGAAAAAUAAUUUAAAAUGAGCGGAGGAUUGGCGCCAAGUAAAUCAACUGUUUAUAUAUCAAAUUUACCAUUUUCUCUGACAAAUAAUGAUAUCUAUCAGUUACUAGAAUCACACGGUAAAAUUGUCAAAGUGACAGUUGUCAAAGAUAAAACAACGCGACGCAGCAAAGGAGUCGCAUUUGUAUUAUUUCUCACUCGUGAAGAUGCUAAAAAUUGUGCUAAAAAUUUAAACAAUACUCAGAUCGGCGGGCGUACGAUAAAAAGCUCCAUAGCUGUCGACAAUGGCCGCAGCACCGAGUUCAUAAGACGUCGUGACUAUCCAGAUAAAUCAAAGUGCUGGGAAUGUGGGGAACCAGGUCACCUGUCUUAUGCAUGCGAGCAAAAUACUCUGGGACCCAGAGACCCGCCACCAAAAAAAAUAAAACGUAAAAAAAAUAAAAAUCCCACUAGUACUGACCAAGACAAUUAUUAUGACUCCGAUGAAGACGAUGAUUCGCAUCCAAGACAAGCGAGACCUCACCACGACGAUAAUUAUCAUGACCAUGAAGAAGAACAAGAGGUAGAGGAACAAGACAUCGAAAGUUUGAGUGCGGCUAUAAAACACGAACAGGAGCAAUACGAAAUAGAAAAAUAUCGAUACCAAGUCGCAACCGGUCAAUACAAUGACCCAGAACAUGAAUUGAAUUCAAAACCCAAAAGGUUUAAAAAAAAUAAUUAUUUUAGUGAUGAAGAAGAACUGAGUGAUUAGAUUUUAUAAAAUACUUUUUAUUUAUUGUAAAUAUAAAACUAAUUUUAAUAAAAUAUCAUUUAAAAAAUUA